CGUCAUUGUGGUUGGUUGUUCUGAUUAAUAGUUUCGCACGCGCCUUAACCAAAUUCAUAUAUUUUUUUUAAUAUUGUAAAUACAAAAAAAUUCCUAUUCGAAUAUCUGUGCAAAGAUUGCGAUAGAUUAGUGGAUGUUAAAAGAAGCAAAUUAAUCGGCACCGAAACUUAUUUUAACAAGUUUAGAGUGAACACAAAAAUAUUAAUAUGGUGUUGACAUUGUGUAACAACGACGGUGACAACAAAGAACGCUGAUAAAUAAUUCGCAACCAUUUCGAAAAGUCUGUGUAAUGGACUGAUAAUUUGUGCAAGCUUGGCAGAAUAUUUGAGGAUACAAUUAUUUUAAUUUCUGCUUGAACUUCAAUGAAGUGAUACUAAUUUCUUGUUAAUCAUGACCCAAAAUGGCAUGUGAUAAAAGUCAAAUUAGUAAAUGAGAAACAACGUAAAAUGGCAAGGAAAAAUUUAGUACGAUAUUCUGAACAAGUGUAUUAAAAUUAAAUAAAGUGGAAGGUGAAUAAAAACGACAGAACGUUACAAAAUAAUCAAAAUAAUUAAAUGCCUAAAAUUACAAACGUGCGCAUGGAAAAUAGAUGAAAUACAGAUAGAGAAAGUGCAAAAAACACAAGAGUGCAACGCUAAACCAAAAACUAUAUAAAAACACCUACAUCUAUUAGGAGCAACUACGAAUUUGAAGAAAUGGACUAUAUUUUCAUAUAACCAAAACUAAUUUAUAUUUUUAAUUUUUAUCUAUAAAAUAAAAGCGAAAAAAACUGAUAAAUAUAUCGAAGAAGAAGUAAACUCAAAUUAAAGGUGCGCAGGAAGAAUAUGAGUUAUAUUACAAACAAUGAAAGCGAGAAACAAAAUCCAGUUCUUCGUGAAGAAUCAACAAUACAAUCCUCUACAGUGACUGCAGUGGCCGCUUCUAUAAACUCGACAACAUUAAGCGGCUCACAAAUUUUUGGAACGAUUGCAGAGCAAAUCGAAAGCGCCGAAAAUGGUAGUAGUACCCAGAGGGACGCAACGCUAAAAGAAACUAGUGUUGGGCAUCAGUUUUCUGCAUCAAACAUAGAAUAUUUGACUCCAAUAAAAGAUAAAUCUAUGUUUGCUGCUAGCGAUGAUGGGGAACUGGUAGGCAAAGUAAUCGCUGAGCGCGAUGAAGACCGUAAGGCAGCGGUUGCGGGUACGACCACGAAUAUCACUACAACUACACCUGCUGAUGCGAGUCACCGAGUAAAAUUUCAGCAAACAAGUGAUAAUUCGUCUCUUUACGAUUCGGCAACAACAAACAUUGCAACUGCUGCAACGGAUGCUGAGAAUGCAGGCGAGGUGGGGGAUGGUACAAGAGUGCCUCGUUUUAUUAAAGACGCAUUCGGUACACCAGUAACAAUAAUAAAUGCAACAAAAACAACCGAUUCGCUUUUGGCAUCAUCUGCACCAACAACAACGUCAUCUAAACCAUCAACACCACCCACGCCACCGUCAUCACCGACAUCGUCUACUUUACCAAUGUCAAAAUCUGUGGUGACCGCACAAUGCAGCGCAACAGUUCUUACGCACAUCUCAAGCGAUCCCUCAUUCGGUAUGCAGUCGCAGUUGCGUCGCAAUCAGCAGCAACAGAAAAUGAAAAGCUAUCAUGACACUAAACAGGCAACGAUGUGGUCUAAAGAAUCUGUUCUGGGGACAAGCGCUACUGUGAGCAUCGAUGCAACGUCGCUCAACACACCAGCGGCGUUGGCAAACUACACGGGUAUUAUAAUAAAAAGUGGUGCAUUCAGUGCUACGGUUUCACCAUGUUCAAUACGCAAAAUCUCCGAUCCGAACACUAUGUUGCCUCGCCGUGUAUCAUUCCCGAAAAGUGACAAUGAGCUGGUCACAGGCUACUUGGAGCCAGCCAAUCCGUGGGGACAAGCAUGCUUGGUUAAGAGCAUCUCCGAAAUCGCCGAACUCUAUGUGAUGUCAUGCCGCAAACAUAAAACAAAACCCUUGCAAACUGUAUUGGAUCAUUUGAAGGGUGUUGAAUUAAAUAAACAACAACGCCAGCCAUUGUUAUCGUUGAAAUCAAUUAAAUUGGCAGCCAGCGAUUGUGAAGCAUUGGAAGAAAUUUUCAAACGGGUACAGUACAAAUUUAUAGAUCUCUCAUCGUGUGACCUGGACGAGUGGGCGACAAGCGCCCUUUUUGAAAUGAUUGAGUAUUAUGAGGCAGCUAAUGAGUUGGACAUCUCCUCAAACUCGGACGGCAUGACCGUACGUGGUUGGGCUGGCUGCAUGGCUAUGGUUAAACAUAGCGAGGAGCUGCGGGUACUAAUCGCCCAAGGCAAUCCAAUUUCGAAACAAAGUGCUGAUGGCUUGGGCCAGGCGAUAAGUACAUCCAAUUUGCAUACGUUAAAAUUGGAGCAUUGUGGUUUGAGAGGCGCGCUAGACGGAUUAUGCUUUAAAUUACGCUACAAUGCGACGCUUAAAGAGCUAUGGUUAGCGCAUAAUGAUUUGGAUUGCAAAGAUGCUGAAGCUCUUGGCGAUUUGUUGAAGGUUAAUCAUUACCUUGAACUAAUCGAUAUAAGUAAUAACAAUAUUAGAGAUAAGGGCCUUUUGUACAUCGUGGAAGCACUAAUACUGCAAUCACAUGAGCUGGAACGGCGAUCGAUGCUUCAGCGCUCAUCUGCAAUCGACGACGAUGAUAGUUUGUCAUCGAUUGAAGCCUCACAGACAACUGAGUUAGACUCUAGUGACUCGUUUAGCAAUAAUGGCAAGGGCAGUGCUGAAGAAAAUGCAGAUAAUAGUGAAAGCGAUGAUAAUGUCUCAGAUAACAGACAAAAACAACAGGCCAUUGUUGAGAAGUCUGUGGAUGUGGCCACUGAUAAAGUCACAAAUGCUAGUGGAUGUUCAGCAACGGCGAUUGCCGUUGUGGGAUCGUUGGAUGAAAUGGACGGUGAUGACGAUACAGAAGACACAGUGAAAUCAAGCAAUCAUAAGAAUGUUACAUAUGCGCCCAGUGGCCAAUCAAUGUUGGAUAAGUUGCUAUCGAUGAACAGUGAGAGCAGCAGCGAAGAGGGCGCGUCUAAUUUGUCGACAGAUACAAUAGCGGCAUGUGGUUCUGAGGAUGCGAGCAUCACCAGUGAUGACAUCUUUGAAGCGUCCGCUGGCACAGGGGCUACAAGCACACCGGCCGAUACUAAGAAUAGCAAUUCCAGCGUGAAGGCGGCAACCGAUUCUACCCCAGCGGCGGGUGCGCGUAUUGAGCGAGAUACUCACAUCAAAGCGGGCCAAGGAAAAGUUGUAGACAAAAUAACAUUGAUUGAUAUUACUUCUUCGGAGACAGAUCCUGCCAGCACAACCUAUGACAAUAGCAGCAACGGUAGCAGUGCAGAGUUAACCGUUGCUAAUAGUAACAACCUCAGUGAGAGUGUAUCGACCACGUCCAAAUUAAGUAAUGAUGAAAAUAAUGGCAACAACAACACUACAAGUGGUGCUAUUACCGACAUUGGCAGUGACGAAGACGUUUGCGGCAAGUACAAAAACUCAGGGAAAUCGACCACUCAAGAUCAGGAUAACCAGAACCAGAAUCUUCUUUCGCACCAACAGCCAAAUGCUCCUAAUGUAGGUGGUGUUUUCGAAGUAACCGCCGGGGAAGGUGACUGCACAAUCGCCGAAGCGCCUGCGGCUAUCUCUGCUGUCGUUGGUGGCGAGCAUCUACCUGCCGAUCAUCAAACAUCCUUAUUGCAGCAACAAUUGCCUUCUAAGGCUGUGGAUGUGAAUAAAAAUACAAAGCUGAACGACGAUUUUGAUGAUACGCAUAGCACUGAUUCUGCAUUUGAAAGUGCUUCUGAGGGUGAUAUUAGUCGGCAUUUGCCUGAAGAAUACAGUCGGCUAUCAUCUUCAUUUGAUGGUGCACCUAUGGAUGAUAUUGUUAAAGGUGUAGCUAUCGAAACGGGCACUAUUGCUACUGAGUCUACUGAGUAUUUGGCAGAUGCAGGUGUAACACCGACGUCUACGCCAACACCGCCAUCAUCGCUGCGCACCCACCAAUUAGGUGUCUCACUAAGCGCACUGGACGAAAACAUAGAUGGCAAUUGUCGUACAAUCACGCCUAAUACGGAUUUCACAGCUAACACAUAUGCCAGUGUGGUAAAGAUGGUGAAGGAUGAAAAAUCAGUGACGAUACAGCCAACAGAAACUGCUAUUAGCCAACCUGUGACGACUGUAGAGGAAAAACACGACGACAAUUCCUUGCAUGAACUACCUGCACUGCCGAAAGUCACUAUCGCUUCUGAUAGUUUAGUGACCAAGGACAAAGAGGCGCUCAGUAAGAGUCCGAUUCCAACACCACCGCCACCGUCAACAUCCCCAGGUGGAGUUAGUGUCGGUAUGCGCCGUACGGAAUCUUCGGUCACCUUCAUUACACCCGCCACUCGCCAUCGCUCACAGAGUUCAGACAGUCUUUGCAGCGACAAUUCCCUGGACGGCAGCAUUAGUAGUGAUCUAAAUUUUUCCGCUUCAUCACAGCUCAAUGAAAAGUUGACCAAAAAUGACACACUCACGCGACAACAGCGACAAUCGGACCCUCGUAACGAGCCGGUGGUGAAGACACCAGGUGGCCUGAAAGCGCUCGCACUCUGGAAUAACAAUCUAAGUAAAGAAGCUGGAUACUACAUAGCCCACUUAUUAGCAGAUACCACUUCGCUGGAACUGUUAAAUAUCGGCAAAAAUUGUCUUUCUAAUGACUUUGUGACACGUAUUAAAGAUAGCCUGAUACGGAAUACAACAUUGACGACACUGGGACUACAAAGUGCGCAUCUGAGUGCCAACGGUAUCGAAACUUUGGCAUCAAUAUUGACAUUUGGCGGUAAUAGCACUCUGCAGCGGUUAGAUAUUCGGGACAAUAAGUUGGAAGUGGAGAGUUUGACGAAAAUCGCUGAAGUGCUCAAAUCGAACACAACCAUUACGCAAAUCGAUAUUGAUGAUGAGCCCAAGCGGUUGUCGGUGGGCAGUGAGGCGCACAUGGAUUAUACGCGCGUCCUAGAGAACGUACGUUCAAUGUGUUCGCGCAAUGAAAAGACGCAGACACAGUUACAGUCGGACAAAUCCUUUAAUAGCGGUUGCGGGGGCGCUGCUAAUAAGCGACGCGGAGGUUACUAUUUGGGCUCACGAAAAAUUUCAUUGACCUGUCAUACGCGUCCACUAGUUGAGUCUACUAAAGUGAUACCGCCCAAUGCAGUACCGUCAUCGGCGGUCAAUACCAAAUUGGAUGCGAAGCGUAAAACAGGCGCCCGCCUGCGCUCGCCUGUGCCCAGCCCACCAACAAUAUCGCCAUCAUCGUCGCCAAAUCGUAGCCGUUUUCAAGUGUUUCGUGUUACCGAAGUUAGUCCACUGACCUCACCAUUAGCACAAACGCCACCCUCGUCGGGAUCGUCCACAUCAUCGUUAGCCACCAAUAGUAAUAGCAGCAGUAUUUCUAUGCCUGCUGAUAUGCCAUACAAGAGUUCUGUGAGUGCGGUACCUGUGACAUGCUCAUUUCCAACUUCUAGUUCAUUACCUUCAAUGGCCACAGUCACGUCGUCGACUCAAUCCAUCAAGCGCUUCUCACCGUCGCCUCGCUCACGUUUUCUAGUGUCGAAGAUUUAUGAGGAUCCACGGGUGCCUUUGGCCAGUCGCUCGUUGCCUCCAAUUACACCACCGAUUCAUCUGCCACCGACACCAAUCGCAAAGCAUGCUCCCGAAAGUGUCAAGCUAUCAAUAUUUUGUCCCACACCAGAAAAGUCAAGCACGCCAAUUGAAAACAAGCCAGUCGAGGGGAAAUCCGAAACGCUCGACACAAGUGUAACAAUAGCGAUCAACAGCAGUGGCACCGAACUCUGUGUUGCGCAAGCUACAACAUUAAUUGUUACUCCGCCUACACCCGCCGUGGUGGAGUCCAGUGCAAAUAGCAGUAGCACAAAUAUGCCUGAUUUUAGUCCGAAUGUUAAUCAUAAAAAAGUUGAUAGUACAAAUGCAAUAGCCCGUAUGCAGACGCAACAAGAACAACAAUCACAAAUAGAAACACAAACAACAUUACAACCAAAACACAUUCAACAACAACAACAACAACAACAACAAGAUAUUUCAGCGCAAAACAUUAAUGCACCAACCACUGCUGGCUGCCAAGCUGCCACCACCACCAUCACCACAACUACUACUACCCAGAACCCCAACAAUAAUUCACUAUCACCCAUCUACUCAUCUUCGUCCUCCUCUUCGUCUACAUCGCCUGCGUCGUUGCAUUCGAAUUCCUCAUCAACAUCGACAUCCUCAGCGUUGUCGGCCAUUUUUUCGAGCAGCUCGACAGAUUCCACCGAUGGCAUAAGUGGCAGUGGUGCAGCUCGCGGGGAGCUAAGUUUGCGUGAUGAACUUCUAAAUGCAACAUCCAUCCGUUGUCCGCUUGCCGUUUUCAAUGAUAAUGACAACGACAUAACGCUCACUAAGAACUCGGCUCACGAAUUGGCUACGCCACCUUCGUCGGCGAUGGCAUCGGAAGAAUCGCAACAACGUCAACGCAAAGUGUCGUGGAUAGCAAACCCUGGCGCUGUAGACAAGUUACGUUCGUUGUUUUUCCAGCGUAGUUCAUCGCCUGAAAAUAAGGCACAAGCACCAGCAGCUGGUCCGUCAGCACAGGCAACUGCGACAAAUCCUACAGUUAGCACCCCCCCUACCAAUAACAACACAACAUUGGCCAUUAACAAUGCUGCAGCUUUCAAUAUGUCCGAUGGCGCUUUGAGUGAUGCAUCCUCCCAACAGCUCUUGCAAAAAUUCGUCCAUGCCUCGCAGCAGCUAAGUAAGGUGUUUCGGCAAAAUUUGUCAUUUGGAAAUGAAGUUGCAACAACAACAAAUACAUUUACUAGCGUUUUCGGCGCUACAGCAGGCGCUGAUGGUAGUGGUGGCGGUUGCGGUGCGCUACCAUCAUCAGAGCAGCAUGACGCCACGCUCAUUCCCACCGAAGUGAAACAAGAAAUCAAAGAGAACAUCUCACCGGAACAUACUAUUAAUGAGGAAACGUUGCAAGGCUUACAAAAGCUAGCGGGCAUUGAGGGGGCGGUGCGCUGUGUACAAGAACAACAGCAUCAGCAGCAAUUAGCAACAGGAGCGGAGGCGGGAGCGGGAUCGGGAUCGGGAGCAUCGUUGGAAGACGUGGAUGCUGCUGUGGUUAUAAUGAAACCUGCAGCCCUAGAAGAAUUCAAUGCCAAAUUGGCUGAUAACGCGAGCAUGGAUAGCAGCACACUCGCAGCCGCCGGAGCGUUGACAACCUUAGUCAAAGAGGAGCCCACAGACAGUAGUGCGGCGGCCUCGAAUGCUGCUGCCAGCACUUAAGCUAAAUGGUUUUAUUUUUUAAUUUCUAACUGUAAUCUUUAAACAUUAUUUAACUUUUUUUUUAUAUACAUAUAUACAUAGAUUUUUUUUCUAAUUUAAAAAUUGGGAGUUGUAUUGUUGUACACUUAUAUAUUAUUAAUCUAUACAGACAGACGAUAUACAUAUACAUACAUAUACUAUUUGGCGAUCACGCACUUAAGUAACUUAAAAUUAGUGGAUUUUCUAAUACUUGUGCUAGCUUUAAGAAAUAUUCGCGCUUUCUUCUCUCCCUCUUUUAUACAAUUACGCUUAGGCAGUAUAUUUUUUUCAAUUAUGCAAUUAUGUUUUCAAACUAGGUGAAAAACGUACAUACAUACAUAUGUCGUAUAGCAUGCUGUGUGUACCGAUUGCACAAACGCAUUUGCGAUUAGUACAGAUUUUUAUGAAUGCUAACGGCCUUAAGAAAAUCCAACAACUACUGAUAUCGCUUAAAUUAUUUCAGGUCUCAGGCAUGCGUCGAAUUUCAACUGCGCUUUAAAACUUCAUAGACUCGAUCUACUCUAUACUCACGGUUUCUACAUUUUCAACCAAAAAGUGUGAUAAGUGGCGCUAGUAAUAAGGUCCAGCAACAGUGGAGCAAUAAUGUAGUACCAAAUGAGAGCAGAAUAAGUACCAAUUUUUUGCUAUUUAAGAAUGUUUGAACCUCGUAGGUUUGUGCUAGGAAAAUUUAUAAUCCAGAAACUCCUCUCCUGAUGGUCUAUUGCUCUUGUUUGGUUUUAUAUUAUUGUUGUUCCUUGACGAGUCAAUGUUAGUGUGUGUGUGUGUGUAAUUGUAAAUAUGUAUGUAUUCUGUUUGCCUCAGAAGCGGAAGUAAAAUUAGGUAGUGGUGUGAUAUGGUGAUGUGUUUGGUGUUGAAUUGAUGCUAACUGUACAUUUUUUCUUUAAUUUCUGAAAUUCGACGUGUUUGGGUGAUUUUGUGGAGAAAUUCUGUAAUGCGACACAACAGUCCCUUGUUAUCGAGAGUUUAUCGUAUUAAUUUCGGGCUUUGCUUAUGAUUCGAACAACAACAGAUGAAUGCAUUAAAAAUGUGUAAAAUCAAUUAAAGGAAAUUAAAUUCAAAAAUUAAAAC